AUCUCAAACCGGAAGUUACUGUUGACGGUACAAUGGCGCCGUUAGAUCUGGAUAAAUACGCAGAGAUCGCUAAGCAGUGCAAAUACCUCCCAGAGAAUGAUCUCAAGAGGUUAUGUGAUUAUGUGUGUGAUCUUCUUCUGGAGGAGUCCAACGUUCAGCCUGUUUCUACCCCUGUAACAGUGUGUGGAGACAUUCAUGGACAGUUUUAUGAUCUUUGUGAACUCUUCAGAACUGGUGGCCAGGUCCCAGACACAAAUUACAUCUUCAUGGGAGACUUUGUCGACAGAGGAUAUUACAGCUUGGAGACAUUUACCUAUCUGCUGGUGCUGAAAGCUAAAUGGCCAGACCGCAUCACUCUUCUUCGUGGAAACCACGAGAGCAGGCAGAUCACUCAAGUUUAUGGCUUUUAUGAUGAGUGCCAGACCAAGUAUGGAAAUGCAAAUGCCUGGCGUUAUUGCACCAAAGUGUUUGACAUGUUAACAGUUGCAGCUCUGAUGGACGAGCAGGUCCUGUGUGUACACGGCGGCCUCUCUCCAGACAUAAAGACCCUGGACCAAAUUCGAACCAUUGAGCGGAACCAGGAGAUCCCCCACAAAGGAGCUUUCUGUGACCUGGUGUGGUCGGACCCUGAAGAUGUGGAUACGUGGGCCAUCAGUCCCAGAGGAGCUGGGUGGCUGUUUGGUGCAAAGGUCACAAAUGAGUUUGUUCACAUCAACAACCUGAAGCUCAUCUGCAGGGCACACCAGCUUGUCCACGAAGGCUACAAGUUCAUGUUUGAUGAGAAGCUGGUCACGGUGUGGUCGGCUCCCAACUACUGCUAUCGCUGUGGUAACAUUGCAUCCAUUAUGGUCUUCAAAGACGCCAACACACGGGAGCCAAAACUCUUCAGAGCAGUGCCUGACUCCGAAAGGGUCAUCCCUCCACGAACGACAACACCUUAUUUCUUGUGAGCGACUUACAGCUGAAAUAGCUUUGUCAGGAUACAGAGGCACAGCCCAGCAUCACCCCAGUUUUUGUAAAUUACAUUUAACGUCUUUACAGCGGAUUGUUUUGGUGCCAACUCUUGAGUUUUAUUCCUUUUCUGUGCAUUUAAUGUGAUUACUCUGCAGCUUAAAUCACACUGAAGUAUAACAGCAAAGAAAGAUUGCUGAGCAUCUCCAAUGUGCUGAAGGACUCAAAAAGCUGAACUGUGUAAAAUGUCCAUAUUUAUAAAUCUUCAUUCUCCUUCACAAUAAAAAAGAAUCACUGCUGAGAAAAAUGCACAUGCAGUGCUGUAUAGAUUGUUCCAUUUUAUUUUGUUUUGGUGAUGUAUUUAGCUUGAUAUGAGAUAAAAGUACUGCACAAACACAAAAAUCUUACAGCCUUCUGGCAGACAGUUACAGAGUGACAAUAAAUGGUUAUAAAUAAAAUGUAGACCCCAGAGUUUGUAAA